AUGGAAAGCGAUAAUUUAAAUGAUUAUUCAGAAAGAAGGAAACAACAGGCCUCCAGAUUUGCUGGUGCAACUAUCUUGACAAUGAUUGCUUCCAGAAUGACUUAUGGAAGUAUACGAGCAAGGAAAGUUCGACCACAAGCUUUCCAACCUAAUGAUAUGAAAAUAUUGACAGCUGCAAGGGGAGAAGCAAUAAGUGCAUUAGCAUUAAGUACCGGGCUAACGAUCGGCGUUUUUUCUAUGACAAUAUUUGGAAUAGGAUGGAUCUACAAUAUUUCUAAUCUCCAUGAAUUUGCUUAUGGUAUUAAGAAGUGGUUUGGUACUGAUACAGAUGAUCAAAAUUUGGAAUCGAUGGAUAAAGAGACAGAGGAGGUUACUCAACAGUUGAGCGAUUUUUUUAGUAGAGAAAAUAAAUGA